AUGGCGCAGGAAGAGGACGAUGUUAGAGAUUACAAUUUGACUGAGGAACAGAAGGCAAUCAAGGCCAAGUAUCUGCCAGUCAAUAGGAAGUGCGAGUAUUUGGAUCAUACAGCGGAUGUCCAGUUACACGCAUGGGGAGAUACUCUGGAGGAAGCAUUCGAGCAAUGUGCAAUGGCCAUGUUUGGUUACACGACAGAUACUGGGACAGUGGAGCCCCUCCAAACAGUAGAAGUAGAAACCCAAGGAGAUGACUUAAAGUUUCUUCUGUUUCACUUUUUGGAUGAAUGGCUUUAUAAGUUCAGUGCUGAUGAAUUCUUCAUACCCCGGGAAAAAUUUCAAAUUACGAUCAAUUGGGUGGGGAGAAGAAUUUUCACUGUCCAAGCACCCUCAGGGAACAGAAGUCAAAGCAACAACAUAUUCAGCAAUGCAGGUCUAUAAUGAAGAGAAGCCAGAAGUUUUUGUGAUCAUUGACAUUUAAGACACCAAAAAGGAAAAGACUCCUAUGAAGAACUGCUUUUUUUUUCCCUCUUCCUUUUGAGAAGACACUAUGAAUUAAAUUCUACAGCAUCUUUUGAUACAUGGAAAUUUGUAGAACAGAAAUGCUUUAGUUAAAGUGUGACUUUCAGAAAGGGAAAAUCAGGGCACAGCCUUGGUCUGUGUUCCCCAAAUAUUCAGACUUUAAAGAAUUCUUCAACCCCCAAGAGACAGUUAUGGUCCUUUGAUUCUCUGCUAUGGCAGUAGGUGCCUCAUGCCCUUCCAGUGCAAUGCAAGCCCUCCAGCCUCGCCCCGGAGAGGAGCACUGAUGUCAGCAGCAGCCUGAGGCUGAAUCCAGGUUGAAAAAAGAAUAACUUGAAAACAUAUAUUUCCAUACACAGAAUUUUAUUUUUCUUCCAAGUUGGUUAAGACAUAUAUU